AUGAGGAUUGUUCCAGGUGUUGUACCGUCGGACGAAGAGCUGAUUAAUUGCUACCUGUUGAAAGUAUCAAUGGGGAUUCCACUGCCAUGGAAUUGGAUGUCGGAAAAAGAGAUUUACGGCGAAACAGCAGAUCCAUGGGAAGUUCUUCAAGACGUUCAUUGGGAAGAUUUUCAUUCCGAAACGGAAUUCAAGAACGUCACGUACGUUCUUACCAAGUUAUUACGAGUUAAUGGUAAGACUCGUAUCGCCAGAAGAACAAAAUCGGGUACUUGGAAGGGACAAACGAGUGGCAAAGAAAUUUACGAUGAGUCGUCGGGAAAUUUAAUCGGCUUGUCCAAGAUGUUCACUUUUUACAAGAAUAAACCUAAAGGCCGGAGCGGCGAAGAAGAGGAAGAACACGGUCACUGGAUUAUGCAAGAGUUUUCAUUGGCCGGGGUUUGUUUGAAUUUUGAGUUGAAGUUUAAAGAUUACGCAAUUUGUAGAAUCACUAGGAUGUUUCCAAAGGAAAACUAA